CGUCAUAAAGGAGAAGUCAUUCAAUUAUCAUGCUAAGUUUAUUAUUAAAACCGAAAACAUGGCGUGUUACGAAUAAUAGCCGAAAACCUCGUAGAUCAGUGCAUACGCUUCCUCAACUCGCAUAUGACUAUACCGCCCUUGAGCCUACGUUAUGUCGAGAAGUCUUGGUAUUACACCAUCAAGUGCACCAUGGUGAACACGUCACCAGCUUGAAUAAAGCAGAAAGCGAACUGAAGGAAGCUAUUGCUAGCAAUGAUGUCUCCAAAGUUGUACAGCUGGGGAAAGUUAUUCGAUUCCAUGGAGGUGGUCACAUAAAUCACUCACUGUUCUGGGAAAACCUAACGCCACACUGCACAACGCCAUCGAAGGCGUUUGCAGCAGCAUUGAAACAUAACUUCCACAGUGCGGACAACUUCAAGAGUCUAAUGAUGGAAACGGCACUCGGAAUCCUAGGACCGGGAUGGGUUUGGUUAGGUUGGCAUAAACCAACGAAAACGCUCAAGAUUGUUGCUUGUGACAAUCAGGAUUCAGUGGAAGCAACCGCAGGUCUAAUCCCGGUUUUGGGCAUUGAUGUUUGGGAGCAUGCUUACUACAUUCAAUACAAAAAUGAUCGAGCCAAAUACUUUACUGCUCUGUGGGAUAUCAUUAAUUGGAAGGUUGUAUCAAAGCGUUACGAAAAGGAACGUUGUGCUAUUUAGAGGCAAAUUUAUUCAUUCAAUGGUUGU